AUGCCUAUUACGCAGAACGGCGUUGAACUGACCGUUGAGAUUUCGGCAAAGGCCGCCGAGAAAAUCAAGUAUUUCGCCGAUAAAGAAGGAAUCAUGGGUGACGUGGGCCUGCGGGUGGCGGUUAAGGGUGGCGGCUGCUCCGGUCUCACCUACGACCUUACCAUCACCGACCAGGAGCGCGAAUCCGACAAAAUCGUCGAACAGUACGGUGUCAAGGUCAUGGUGGACAAGAAGUCCUACAUCUACCUCGUUGGCACCCAGCUCGACUUUUCCGACGGGCUGAACGGCAAGGGUUUCGUGUUCGAAAAUCCCAACGCCAAAAAGGCUUGUGGCUGCGGCACCUCCUUCGCCGUAUAA